CUGUGGCUGCAAGUGCUCCCACACGAAGGGGAAUAACUCUGCCUGACAGUAACCAUCGACUUGUUUAAACAUGGCGUCGUCCAAUGUUCAGUACUACGAAAAACAAAAAGAAUUGCAGGAUACAAUGUCGAGAUGUGAACAGCAGAGAUUCAAUCUUGAAAGAGAAUUUAGGCUGUCUAUGCAAGCUGAUCAAACUUCAGCAAAAAUGAAAGCAACAAGACUGCAAACGUACUGGAGAAAGAUUUGUGAUGAUGAGAAAAGAGCAAAGCAACGAAAUGAAAUGUUAAUACGAGAAUUUGAGAGAAUUGAUGCCCAUAUGGCUGAAAUGAAUGCACGAACACAAAGGCUAGCUCUGAUGAAGAGACAGUAUGAGGAUUAUGUGGCACGGACAUAUCCUGAAUGGAAUGAGCUCAUGUACGGAUCUCCUCAACAACAGCAGCAGCCCAAUCCGGGGACUCAAGCACCAAGAGCAGAAGCUCAGCCACAGUCAAAGUUACAGCCCCAAAGUUCAACUUCUCCUCGAGUAAGCAAACAGCAACCGCCUACACAAGUACAAAAGCCAAUAACUCCAAGGUCUCCUCAACGACAACAACAGCUAGCUACGACACCCAGAGAGCAAUUUCAGCGACAAGAAAUUCAAGAAAGGCAAGAGCAAGUUGGUCAGUCAGGUAGUAGCAGUCAUCCUGGGCCAAGGACACGAGCUGAGGAGAAUGUACAGAGGUUGGGUGGACAGGCUGAACGAGGUCAAAGUGGAAAUAGCUCUGUGCACCCGACGGUUAACCAAAAUCAGAGUGUGAGCAGUGGUGCUGGGGUCUAUCAGAAUCUUCCCAGUGCUCGCAGCACCAAGGAAAAUGAUGGACUUCAUGGUCAGCUGCAAGAAUCAUCUCUUGAGCAAGAUGAGGAGAUUUCCCAACCAAUCAGGAGUGUGGAAAUACAGUCAAAGACAUCGGGCAGGAUGGUACAAGCCCCUCAAUAUGCCAUGGCACCUGGCACAGAUGAAGAUGAUGAUGAGGAUGAGGAGACCAGUGACUUUGCUACCGAGAAUGAUCUUCCCAUGGCUCAGUCUUUUGGGAACACCCAGGUCUUGGCCUCUGAGUUGAAAGGAAAUUCUCAGAACCAGGAGAAGUCGAGAAACAUUGGGCCAAUAAAACCUGAACUCUCUAUAGAUGGACUCAUCCGACUUUUGAAUCUGGUGGAAAGUGAUAUGCGGGAAGCCUUUUCACUUGAAGGAUACUAUCGUUCCUCCUGGCCCGACACUGCCAAGAAAAAUGACAUCAUCAGGCACUCAAACAGCGGAGAUGACCUGAACCAUGUCGAUGCCAACCAGAUCAGUAUGGUCAUCUUAGAGCAGAUUACUUUGAUUGUGCGCAGCCUAAGUGAGAAAUGUGUCCUGCCAGAGAACUUGCUACAGGGCAAUGUCAGCUCGCUCACUGCAUCUAGGCUCAGACAGCAUUUAUCACCGGAAGCCCAGAUAAUCUGGGAUGCUCUUUUCCAUCACUUCCAACAGUUGGUCAAACACCAAGCCAUGGAGCCUCAGGAGUUGUCUGCCAUUUUCACACCUUGUCUUGUUGGUGAAGGAGGAUCUCAGGACAAGGGACACAUGUUUAUGGUACGGCUCUUAGAAGACUUUAGUAUGAACAACCCUGAAAUUCUACCCAAACAAAGUUUCAACACUAUCAGCCCUGCUCAAACUCUGGAAGGAUCUGGUAGUUUCAUGGAUGAUGGGAAAGUGCCGCCACUCAAAUUUGGAAGUCUACUGGAUAAACCCCUGAGUGAUGAUGAAUCCAGCUAUGUGAAAUCUAGUCUACCUCGGGAUCCAACACCUCUCAAUGAAACAGAAGCCUACAAGAGCAUGCUGUCUACGGGUGCCCGUUCUCAGAUGAGGCGUCAGUCAUCUGGUCCGGAUGAUACUGAUGAUGAUGUGGAGAAGCAGAUUGCCACAGUUCUGACCCAGAAGCCUGGACCUAUGAUCUCACCUAAAAGACGUGUAGAAUUGGAUGACCCAUCAGAAACAAGCUCACAGACACUGCAGACGGCCUCUCAUGUCUACGUCCCAACUGCUAUGGAGUCCAGGCCUAUGGGAGGUAAUACCAGCAGUGGACAGCCGAAAUUUCAAGGGGUGAAGAUCAGCUCAGAUUUGGAUACUGAUACUGAGGUGGAUGCUGGCAUUUUCGGAAGCAGCAAGAGGCCUGAAGAUGACUUUGACUUUUAUGACUGAUUCAUUAAAUUGUAUUGACAAGUAGAACAGUUGAUUGAGACCAAGGUUCUCCGACAUGCUUAAAACAUUCCAUUACAACUUUCAAGUCUUUUCUUUUGUUCCCUAUUAAAAAAUCCGUCCACAUAGUUUUAGCUUUGCAGAUGUUCAACAUCUCUAAUGUAUGCUUAUGUGAAUUUUGAUUUGGAAAAAGCUGUUUGAAUUAAUAAAAGGUUUUGUAAAAAUA